CUCCACACAGAAACGCUAACUGAGCUGAGGUUCGAACCAGCGACCUUCAUGCUGUGAGGCUACAGCACUACUGCGUCACUGCCUCGCCUCCAUAUAAAUCAGCAAACUGCAAACAUUUACAGUUUGCAUUUUGCAGUUUAUUUGCAAACUUACUGCACAAUACAUCAAAAACCGGUGAUGAAUUCAAACAUCAUGCAAUUUGAUUUAGCAGGGUGCAUAUAAAUUAUAGGUUUCAAAGACAAAUCAAAAGCACAUGUUCUUCUACUUGACCCAUUUGUUUCCUAACGCUUCACGAACUUCCUCAAUGUCAAUGACAAACUCAUAAUGUUGUUUACAGUUGAAGAUAAGAUCAUCGCACACCCAUUCACUGUACUAUACAUGCAAAAUGAUCUUCCCCAAAAUACGAAAUCCAAAGCCUCAUAUUUCAACUACAAUCAUGGAAAAGCGACGUUAAUUUUUUCUGGCGACACCACUUUCCUCUUGUCUGAAAUCUCUCCCUCUUUUUCUCUUCACACAUCUGGAAGCUGCAACGGAUGACCGUGUCUCUCCAGCGCUGCUGAUUUUAUGAUGUGUUUGGACUCUUUUAGGAAGCUUCGACACGCUGGACGUUUGCUAUAACUCUGUUUGGAGUCUCCUAACACAAAAAAAAAACUAAGAGCUGGUCCAGUCCUUCAGGAGUUUCUUCCACUGUUGUUUGUCCCGGGUGCGAUGGAUGAGCGGUGCGGGCUGCUGGAGCUCAUGUGUUUGCUUUUGCUGGGCUGGACUCUGAUUGUUCGCGGUCAGACAGAAACCGAUCUCCACCUGCUGGAUGAAGAGGAAGCAGAGGAGGUGAAAAAUGCAGAGGAAAAGGUAUCCUGUCCGGAGAAAUGCAGCUGCAGCGGCGAGGGGGCGGUGGAUUGUAAUGGAGUGAGUCUCUCUGAAUUCCCGCAGGAUUUAUCUGAACAGACCCGGCAGCUCUCACUACAGAAUAACCAGAUCAGCGAGGUCACGCUGGAACAUCUGUCCCGUCUUCAGCAGUUGGAGACCCUCAAUCUACAGAACAACCGGCUCACAACACAAGGCCUUGAGGACGAAGGGUUUGAUAUUCUGGAAAGGCUGAGCUAUUUAUACCUGGCCAAUAAUAAGCUCACCGCAGCUCCCAGACACCUUCCUCCAUCUUUGGUCAGCGCAGAUUUCGCCGCAAACCAGCUCACCAAAAUCUUCCCCAACACGUUUGGCCAGAAGCCUGCACUGAAGUCAGUGUAUCUCCAUAACAACAAGCUAAUGGAUGCCGGUCUGCCAGAGAGCAUGUUUAAUGGAUCAGACAGCCUCGAGAUCCUCAUUAUGUCCAGUAAUUUUCUCCGUUAUGUCCCAAAGUGUCUGCCCACUGCCCUCUACCGCCUACAUCUGAAGAACAACAAGCUGGAGAAGAUUCCCUCAGGGGCAUUUGAUAAUUUAUUCCAUCUUCGAGAACUUUACCUGCAAAACAACUUCCUGAGUAAUGAUGGCAUGGACAACGAGACCUUUAGCCAUUUGAACAGUCUGGAAUAUCUGGAUUUGUCCAAUAACAACUUGUCCACAGUUCCCCUCGGGCUUCCCCGAAAUGUUAUCCUGCUUCACCUAGAGAAGAAUUCAAUCCAGAGCAUUGCAGUAAAUGCUCUGUCACCCAUCCGAAACCUGGAGUACUUACUCCUCCACAACAACCGCCUCCGUUCCCGCUCCAUCCAUCCAGCUGCCUUCCAGGGUCUGAAACGCCUCCACACCGUCCACAUGUACAACAACCUUCUCGAGCGAGUUCCCCGCGGCCUUCCUCGUCGAGCAAAAACCCUCAUGCUGCUCCAUAACCUCAUCAGUGAGAUUGGACGCAACGAUCUGAUCACACUUUACACCCUCACAGAGCUCAACCUCAGUUACAACCGCCUCACAAGCGCCAAGCUCCACCGAGAGGCCUUCAGGAAACUCAGAAUCCUAGAGACCCUGGAUCUGUCAGGAAACAAGUUGCAGGCACUGCCACUGGGUCUUCCCAAAAGUCUCCAAAUCCUGAAGGUAAAGGACAACCAGAUGACAGAGAUUCCAGAAGGGGCUCUGCUGGGAAUGACCUCGCUGAGGGAGCUCUACCUGACCAACAACCAGCUCAAGCUCAGCUCCAUCUACCAGGGUGCGUGGCUAGAAAUGAAUGCCCUCAAGACACUGGAUCUCUCUGGUAACAUGCUGUCUCACAUUCCCCCUGACCUACCCGAGUCUCUUGAGUUCCUUCACCUGCAGAACAACAGAAUCAACUCUAUUUCAGAAACAGCCUUCCUCAACACACCCAACAUCAAAGGAAUAUUCCUCAGGUUUAAUCGCCUCUCAGUUAAUUCAGUAUCUGAAGAGACGUUCGCUCAUCUGUCUAAGCUGCGGGUGCUAGACAUUGGUCACGGAAACAUUUCUCCCAACCGAGGCCAAGCCGGAGACAAUAUGGAGGAAGAAGAGGAGGAAUUAACACAAGAGGAAGAGGAGACACAGCCUUGAGUCAGAAACAAGUGAAAAACAGUAAAUAAAUAAACAAGUAAUGCGAUGAAUCUUCCUGCACUCUCAAAGAAAUUAAAACAUUUGUAUUGGUAAAUGCACCGUGGCUGCUGACGAGAUUAUUUCCAUUGACUGAUUACAUGCUAGCAAAAUGGUAAAGCUAAUUACUCGCGUAUAAAGAAACAUGCUAGCUAGCUAAACGCUAAUUCAUGUUAACAACAAUGUGCUAAGCAAACAACCAACACAACGACAAGCUGAUUCAUGCUAGCAUCUUAAAACAUGGUAAACAUGAAAGCAUAGACGUUUUAGAAUUGUGAUAGCAAUGCUAACGUUAAAAUCUGGUAACAACAUAUUGAUGUUAAAUGAUAGAAGUGAUGUGUUUUAUUAUAGUAGGAUUAAUUAAUACAGUGUUGGAACAUGCUAUUUCUAUUGACUGAUUACAGUUUUACACAG